ACAACCCGGCUGUGACCUCACAUGGUCGCUGUCGCUGCCUCCAUGCUGGAGUGGAUGUAACGGCCGCGCGGAUUGAUCAUUUGUGCCGGUGUUUGAGAUUCAUUGAUCGGUUAAACGGCGAUUAGACGGAUCUGUCAGCGGACAUGUCGUACUGCAAGCAGGAAGGUAAAGAUCGCAUCAUAUUUGUCACCAAGGAGGAUCACGAAGCACCCAGUAAUGCUGAGCUUAUCGAAGAUGAUCCAAAUGAUCCAUAUGAGGAUCACGGUCUUAUUCUCCCUAAUGGUGAUAUAAACUGGAACUGCCCGUGUUUGGGCGGUAUGGCCAGUGGCCCUUGUGGACAGCAGUUCAAGGAUGCCUUUUCUUGUUUCCACUAUAGUAAAGAGGAGGUAAAGGGUUCAGAUUGUGUGGAAAACUUCCGGAGUAUGCAGGAGUGUAUGCAGAAGUACCCUGAGCUCUACCCUCAGGAAGAUGACAAUGACAGCGCCCCCUCUGGUGGGGCGGAUAAUGCACCCUCUGACUCUGUCCCUACAUCCUCUCCUGAGUCCACACCAGCAACCACAGAAAACCCAGCAGCUAGCUAAUAUUAUUUUGGCUUCAUUCCCUUCACACCUCACAGCAAAGACAGCUCAGCUUUUGAGUAUGAAGAGAUAAUAUCUUACUAUGCCACUGGAUCGAUGCACUCCACCUAACUGCAUGAUGCACAGAGAUGCAGGAAGCCCUUAAAUGUCAGGUUUUGUGAAUCAAAUAUUCAAAUGACAUUAACAUGCACUUAAGGGACCUAUGAAGAAAUGAGGAUCUGUACGAGUCAGUUUGCACUUGGCCUGUGAAACAUUAGCUGCCAUUUGAACCGUCCGGUUUUGUAUUUUCUGGUUAUUAUUUGCUCCACAACCUAAGCUUUGCUUGUUUGACUUGUGUGCUACAACAGAUCAAAGGCCAGUUGGCAUUGGAGAUUGAAUAAACAAAACAAACAUUUGAUGUGCUGUUUUGUUGUAGAACAUGAUUAAACAAUUUUAUGAUGAAGAGAUGUUCUGUUGCUGAUGUGUUGGAAAGCAUGUAUCCCGAGGUUGCAGACUAAGUACAGACAUUAGGGGGUGUGAGUAAGUAAACCAGUAGCCUUACCUGUCAUCUGCUGAUAAAAAUACAUAAUUUGUUGACGUUAAACGAUUAAAAUGGCAAAACAACACAUUAUAAAAGAGUAGAUCUUCUGUGUUAGUAAGAAUAUGCAAAGAUCUGUUGUUCCAAAGAGUAGUAGGUUCGUUCAGUUGAAGUAUUUUAACACUGAGGGCUGUUUCUAGAUCCAUUUUCAACACAUGCUAAUAAUAAACAAAGUUUAAAAAUUGUGCUUAUAUCAGAUCCUUUUUAUAACUUCUAAAUGUUUAAGAUUAUGUGGCUUAUUGAUAUAUUCAAUCAAUGACAUUUGUUUAUCCUAGAUUGACUGUUUGAGUUUGACAUGUCAUUCAAAGCCUAAUGUGAAUUUUCUUAUUUUGAUUAAACAAGAAACAAAAUGA